AGGGUCAAUUAUCGAUCAGGGACGGUAUGGCAGCAUGGUGCGCAGAAAAGCUACGCGAUUUGGAGGGAUGGCGAGCUUCUGGCCUCGCCAUGACCACACCUUCCAAUGAGUGCGCAAAACUCUUUGAUGGUGCUCUUAGGCAACUUGUUUCCUGGUCAGACUGUGAUGCUUUGGGAGGUUUCCAUAAAACGCUGGCAGACUUGAAAGCUUCAGAUCCGGAUGCAAUACUUCCAAGAGCGUUUCGCCUUGGCCUAGAGGGACUUGGAACGAGUUCUUGUACAAGGGUAAACCCGCUCUUGCGAGCGAAUUUGGAACAACUCCAAAAAGAUGCUAAAGAGUACGGUAACGAAAGGGAACAAAAGCAUGCCAAAGCAGCGCAGCUCUAUGCUCAAGGAAAACUCCGAGCUGCAGCUCAGAUAUGGGAAGACAUACUGGUCGAAUAUCCCACAGAUCUGAUGGCCAUAAAAUUUGCCCAUGAGGCGUAUUUUUUCUUGGGUGACCGAGUGGGUAAACGAGAUUCAGUGCAAGCAGUGAUACCAAAGCAUAAAGGCACAGAGCCUUGUUACAGCUAUCUUCAUGGAAUGUGGGCAUUCGGACUAGAGGAAUGUGAGCAAUACGAUAAAGCGGAAAAGGAAGCUCUUAAGGCCCUCAACCUGAAUCGCUACGACUGUUGGGCAACACAUGCGCGGGCUCAUUGCAUGCUAAUGCAAGGACGUAUCGAUGAGGGUCUCAACUUCAUGGAGAGUACCGUAGAUGAGUGGAGGCCAGGAUGGAUCAUUGCUACGCAUAACUAUUGGCAUAAUACUCUAUUCUAUAUCGAAAAAGGAGACUAUGAAACACCUUUGACCAUAUUUGACGAAGAAAUUUGUAAGCGCGCAAAUAAAAAUAAACAAUCGGUUUUGGAAAUGGGCGAUGCUGCUUCGUUACUGUGGCGAUUAGAACUCCAAGGAGUUGAUGUUGGAAACAGGUGGAAAGAGCUCCCAAGCAUGUCAACACAUCUGAAUGACCAUGUUACCUGCUUUAAUGAUGCUCACCUUGGUAUUGCACUCAUAAGGCAAGGAGAUGAAGCUGGAGAAGAAAACCUUUACAGUACCCUUGUCGAUUACACAAACAAUAGUGAUGAGGACAAUACAAAAGUCUGUAGAGAAGUUGGCCUAGCACUUUGUGAAGGCAUGCGAUUGUAUGGUAAAGGACAAUAUGAUGAAGCUGCAGAAAAAAUGUUGCCGAUACGACAUCAGGUUUAUAAAAUUGGUGGAAGCAAUGCACAGCGAGACCUUUUCGCGCAGACGCUAAUCCAGGCUUGUAUCUUAUCUACAAAUCCAGAGCAUUUCAAUCAAACCAACACACUUCUGGAAGAAAGAAGCGCCCUCAACAAGAACUCAUCAAUUAAUGAACGACUAGCUGCAAAUUUCAGAAAACAUCAUCCUUUGUAAAGUUUGUUUAAUAAUUUAUCUCACGUAUUGGCCUUAGCAG